AUGGCUUCUUCUUCUUCCUCUGCUUCCUCCGCCAUUUCCUUCGAGUCCGAUUCCACCCGAGAAGCCACUCCAGAAUACGACCCCAUUGCCGCCUACGAGGCCUACGCUCCUCUGCAUUGGGAUGCAGAGGAGUGGGACUUCAAGACCUGGUUAGAGGAUGACGAAUUCCUGACCGAUGGUGAAGACCUCCACCUCCUCCUCGGCAGGGAGCUGGACGAAGAUGACGAGGACGACACGUUUUGGGAAGAGGACUUCUUCUCCUCGGAGGAAGAAGCCGAUUCCUCAUCAAACGAAGAGGACUCGGUGGCAGGAGGCUACCUUCUUGGCGGAUCGUUGGAGGAUUACAAUGACGACAACGACGAUGAAGAAGCCGAAGACAGCAACGGCUUCAGCAGCGAUAGCAGCGGAGAUGAUGGCGGUGAUGACGACGGCAGUGACGACGACAGUGACGCCAGCAUGGAUCCUCCGAUCAAGCGCCACAAACUCUCCGGCACCUAUUGGUGGUAG